CCGGCUGUGAUGUAGGAGGGACUCAUUAACCCUGAGGGUGUGUACAACAUUACCACACACUUUCCUCAACAUUUACUUUCCUGGAGCUCGACACGUCUCUGCUGCUGCUGUGAUAAACAGAUACCUUAUAAACUUUCAUUAUCAAUCCACACAUCGACUGUAAUGGAUUAAAGCGCAGAGACGAGCACAUUCAAACAUAUAAGGCGCGUGGAAGUGUUUCAAUCCGUAAAGAUGCUUCAACAGAUACUGACAGACAUGUACAUCGAUCCAGAUCUGCUCAACGAGCUGAAUGAAGAGCAGAAACAGAUUCUCUUCCUUAAGAUGAGAGAAGAACAGAUCAGAAGAUGGAGAGAAAGAGAAGCGAGACUGGAGAAAGAGGAAGCGGCACGUGUAAAAGAUAAAAAAGUUUCAGGUAAGAGUGUAUCAUGGAUGAAGGGUCUGGAUGGUGAUGUAUGGAUUUGGGUGAUGGGAGAGCAUUCAGCUGAUAAACCGUACGAUCAGAUCUGCGAUGAGAUUAUGAGCGAGAGAGCAGCGCUGCAAGCACAGAGAGAAGCUGAACACAUCAGGGCGAAGAAAGAGGCCGAGCUGGAGAAGAGGUUUUCAGGAGUCUAUGUGGAGCCGGAGCAGAUUGUGUUGAAGGAACGAGAAGUGGAUCAGGAGAAGAAAAGACAGAUUUCUGCUCUAGAAAAGAAAAAAGCUGAGGAGAAAAUCAAGCAGGAGGCAGAGGAGAGACGUCGAGCUGAGGAGGAGCUCCGGCGGCUGGAGGAGGAGAGAAAACAACAGAUUUACAUGAGUCUGAAGGAAGUGCAAAAGAACAAACAAACCCACGAUGAGGACGAGAAAGAGUGGCAGAAUACAUUGAAGAAGUCUAAAGCCGCAGACCUGCGCAGACGAUCCCUGGCCAAACAAACCGUAGAGGAUCACCGCAGACGCUCGGUGAAAGCUCUAGAAAGAGGAAGAGUUGCGGCCGUGACCAAAGCCUUCGGUGAAGUAAACACAACUGCUCCGCCUAAACCUAAACCCAGAAACAACACCAACACGCCUGUGACCACCCAACAGAAGCCAGGAAUCCGAAGGUCAUUGUCAGUGUCUAGUCGAGAUCACAUUAUACGCUGGUUUCAAGAGGAACAGUUACCCCUCAGAGCAGGCUUUCAACAGGACCACAGCAGGAUCGCACCCUGGUUUCAUGGUAUAAUAUCUCGGGAUGAGGCCGAAGCGUUGUUGAAUGAGGGUCAGCCUGGUCACUUCUUGGUGCGGGUUAAUGAGAGAAUCUUUGGUUAUGUGCUUUCAUAUCGAUCCAGUGAAGGAAUCAAACAUCUCCUCAUUGAUGCCUCAGACAACUGCUAUAUGCUGCUGGGAGAUCAGAUGAAGUUUAGUUCACUUACAGAACUGGUGGAAUAUCAUCAGGUGGAGCCGCUGCCCCCGUUUGGUGUGGAAUAUCUACUGCAUGCAUGUGGACAGAGACCCGGUGCUGCAGACUACACAGAUUUAUUCACAUCACUCACGCAUAAACAAACGUCUGCCUAACACUGUAAACACAUCUACUGUACUGCACUGUGACAUCACCAGUCAUCAAAUGAUCAAUACGGUCUAAUUACACAACCUUUGUUCAUGUGUGCAAUAUUGUCCACGAUUCUGUUUACAGUUGUUAGCAGCUCAUUUACAAUAGUAUUCAAUUUAAUUCAAUGUUCAUGAUCAUUUAUAUUUAUUCAUAAACAUAUUUGUGUAAUAUCAGUUUUAAAAGCUCAAAGUAAACAUGAUGCUUGUUCAUUUUGUUAAAGGAAUAGUCUACCCUUUUGCCAUAUUAAACUAUGUUAUUACCUCAAUCUAGACAAAUUAAUAAAUA